AUGGCACAUAAGAAAUCACUUGAAGCACUUAACUUCACACUGAAGGAUCUUCGGCGAAAUAACAACAUCUUUGGCGGCUUGGCCGAAUCGCCAUUGUUACCUGCCGCCGGUAACAAAGAUAACAAUAAACAGUCGGAAACGAAUAAUAAUAACAGUAACAGUAGCAACAGCAAUAAUACCGUACCUAAGCACAUAUCAGCGAAAGCACACCAACACAAUUACACAGCCGUCGACACCACCUCAAGUUCACCGAUCCACCAAAGACACACCCAUAUCCCCAAUCACAUUUACAACACCUACAAUUCACUUACCAUUACUCCCAUCUCCAACGAGCAAAAGUCAGCAAAUAAACAUUAUCACGAAACACUUGCACCCUCAGCGUCGCCAACGUCAUCUGGACCGAGCAUCUACGGCACACCGGCAAGUGAAUGUCGACGUCGCAGUUCGAUAACAUCUUUGCAGCUAUUUGAUGGCAAUACGGUGACGAUAACAACCACCACAUCGACAACGCUUGAUGGUAGCGGACAAACAGAGGAGAGUAUAAUAGAUCUUGAUGAUAAGGGUCGCAGCACGGACAGCGAUAGCUAUAGUGAGACUAACAACAACAACUAUUCUACACCCACCACAGCCACACUAUACAGCAAUUAUCAUUACUCACAAGCGUCUACGCACACCCACCAAUAUAACUUAUAUCCAAAAGACUUCUUCUCAAGUAUCGAAGGCGAGCGACCGCAACAAAGCUCAAAAAUGAAGACCAAAGUCGAUGCCGUUGGACGCAUUACCGGGGAAUGGGGUCACUGGCAAUUGCGCGCCGUAUUACUAAUCUUUCUUUGUAAGAUCCCAUCAUCAUGGUUUAUGGCCUGCAUAAUUUUCACAGCGCCCGCACCUCGACAUGGUGAAUUCUUUUGCAAACCACCGAAUACAGUGGGUGCUCGAAAUGAUACUCUCUGGAUAAAGGUGUCGCAUCCGCAGAAGGAGGAGGCUGAUGAUCAGGAAUUUAGUAUAGACUUUUGUAACGUAUACCAGGAUGCACAAGAGCAUGCGCAUCUUUACUAUCGCUACGAACGGCCCGAACUGGAACCGCGAGUAUGGGAGCAACCGACUUCGCGCAGUACGAACAUCAUCCCAUGCCAGCAGUUCGAGCAUAGGGCUGAAUAUCAAUCGGUAGUUACGCAAUACGAUUUGGUGUGCUCGCGUGACAUCCUGGUAUCAGUAACGCAAUUCUUCCACUUGUUUGGCGUCCUUACCGGUGGCAUACUGGCGAAUCACCUGCUCAAGUAUUUCAGUCCACGAAAUGUGAUGCUCUUCGGCAUGGUGACGCAAAUUUUCUGUGGUAAUCUCACCGGGCUUGUGGCCUCAUAUGAAUUACAUGUCUUCUUUCGCUGUUUGUCGGCGGUCUGUUGUGCUCAAAUGUAUACGGCUGGAGGUGUAAUAAUGGCUGAUAUAACAGGAGGUGUCUAUAAGACUUGUGUUUCGACACUAUUCGAACAAUUUUGGUCAAUAGGUGUUAUUCUUUUACCCGGCGUUGCGAGCUUCUUCUCAAGCUGGUCUCACAUAUACAUGGCCAUCUCCUGGCCAACUGUGAUACUCAUAUACUUAUGGCGUUGGAUUCCAGAUUCACCGCGUUGGAUGAUACAGCGUGGACGGGUUCUGGAAGCGAAAAAUAUUCUUUUGCAAUGCGUUGAGGUGAAUGGCACACGUUAUGGUCUUCCACAUGACAUCGACCAACAGCUACAAUUUCAAGCGCAAACCGCCAUGGAUGCACCAUCACCACCGGGCUGGUGGUCAAUAUGGAAGGGUGAUAAUGUAGUGCGUAAUUUGAUUUGUGUCCAUCUGGCCUGGUCCAUCUAUAUAGUAGUUUACUACGGCAUGUUGCUGAACAUACGCUCAUUCAGUCGCGAGCAUCUGGAGGUGAAUACGGUUGUAGCGGGUUUGAGUGAGAUAACCGGAACUUUUAUCGGUCUCUUCCUGAUACUGAAGACUACGCACAAAUGGUUUUGGACGGGACUGUUUAAUGUGAUUGCCGGUCUAAUUGCGUAUCUGGGCUGGCUUGUGCCAGAGAACUUACCCUUCGAUGCGCGCGUGGCUUUGCUCAUGCUCUCGGCUAUGAUCUCUAAAGUGGCCAUCUCCACUACACUUUCUAUUCUCACCACCUGCACCGUUGAGCUUGUAAGCGAUGAAAAGAAGAAGAUCACGGCCUUCUCAGCCAUAUGCUGGGCACGUUUCUGGCUAUUAGGAGCGCCAUUUAUCGGUGCUACCGUUAUUUUUGGUAUGAUGGUGCCGCAGACAGCAUUCGCGUCACUUGCAAUUGUUGGUGGUGUUUUAACCGCUCUUAUAUCUAGUCCUCGUACGAUAAGCAAACAAAAGACAACACUUGGCGGCAGCAAUAGAGCGACCGCAACACAAGUGGAUGGUAUCGAUAAUAAGGCCUUUACGACGGGUCCAACGCCCAACCAUCCUAUUUUUACCAGUAUUACAAAACUGGCAGUCCCCAACUCGAACCUGCCGCCACAAAUGAUGCACGGUAUUUGGACAACAAAGCGUCACGAAGACAGUCCACCAGUCUAAGUAGGCUUAAAUGAUUAAUAGUGAUAUAGACCGUUAACGCGGGCGAUGUUCGACGAAAUUAAGUCCCUGCUAAAAUUUGUUGUUAUAGUGUAAACGGAAUUUAAAUGCACAUGGUUUUUUGUUUGAUAGUAUAAAUACACAAGAAUAAUAGAAUAGA